CAAAAUAUUGGAGGCGGGAAAAUAAAUACACAGCGAGCAAGAGCAGAUGGAGAAAGCGACAAUGAAGAGAAAGCCGUCUGGAAACGAGAUUCAGAGCUUGGUUGAUGCCAUUAAAGCUUCCGAUGUGGUUGAGAGCCGAACUCAACUAAUUUCUAAACUUGGGGAGUUAGAUGUUGCUGAUGAAAAUGAUCGAGUUUCUAUCUUGGAAUGUCUAACAACAUUCUGGGAAGACUUCACAUGUCUGGAUGUAUCUCAGUGCACGUUAAACAAAACCAUUUUGAAAGUAGCUACAACUUACCUAGAAUCAGAUACCUCCAAAUCCCUCAGUCAAUUGCUUGCUUUAGGAACCAAGGCAACCAUAUGGUGUAGAAAACACAUGAAGAUGACACUUAUGUCCACUGAUGAUUCUCAAGAAGAGGAACAUUAUGGUCUCUUUUUCCAGGUGCUCUUGGAUAUGUUAUGCCACUCAGCUGCUGUUUUAUCAACUUUGGCAAGGCAUCCUGUUUCAACAGGAAAGGAUAUAAUGGCCAUGAUUGAAACAUCCAUUUUGGAAAUCUUAAAUCUGACAAAAGACUCGAUAUUAGAGGUUAAGAGAAUCCAAACACAUGGUUCAGAAGUACUAAAGGCAUCACAAGUGGUUCUUGAGGCUCUUAUAUCUCUAUGCAAAUCAUAUUGCAACAAUUUGAAUUCAAAUCAUGAUGACAAAGAGUCAAACCAAAUGAAUCACAUCAUCAACAUAACAGAAUCCACUAUCCAAAAUUUGGUAGAUUUGGGUGUUGUUGCUGCAAAUGCAGGUGGAAAUCUAGUCACUGUACUAAAUAUAUCAUGGAAAGGAGUUGUUACUUUACUUCAGCUAUGCAAAGGGACACUAGAACUGAAGAUGAACAUAUCAGACAUUAUUUUGUCUCUAAUUUCAUUAGCUAAAGGAUCUUUAACUCAUGCAGCUCAAACAUGGUCUUCUUUAAUGGAACCUGUUUCUAUGUCUGAAGCUAAAAGAAUAUUCAUUCCAGCUAAAUUUUACUUGAUUAAUGCUGCAAGAAUAAUCUCCCACUACCCAUCUCAAGCAUUUUUGAUCUUCAAAGAUAUAACACUUUGCAUAAUUACAAUCUUAACCUUCAAGAUCUUUUUGUGUAAAGAAGAGCUCCUCAAAUCCGCAAGUGAAGCCUUGGGAGAACUUCUUGAGCCCACAUCAAUUCAUCUCCUCAAUUCCUUACUAAAUUCAUCUCAACUGAAACAAGAACAUAAACACCAAAUUCUUGAUUUCCUAUUUACUGAUAUUAACACAUCAAGUUUUGUCUCAAGUGAUCAAUCAACCACAAUGGACUCCAUCUUCUCUUUAACUCUUGGGUCAAAACCGUUGUUAAUUGGUCAAGUUUUCUUAUUUAUUACUCUUCUGAAAAGUGCUCCUGAUGUGGAAGAUGAUGUGAAGCUUGAAAUUGCAAAAAAGAUGGAAUGGAUUUUGAAUAUCUUAACAGAUGAAGAUGUUUAUUUCUCUGUUCUUGCAUUACAACUACCUCUAUUCCAUGGUUCUGAUCAGAACAUGUAUUGUUCAAUCAUACAUGCAAUGAAGACCUUCAUGCUUGUGGUUUCUUCAACUUCAAUUUGGGAAGAAUUUUUCUUCAAGUCUUUUCUGCUUGAAAACUUAUUCCAUCCACACCAUCUUUGUUGGGAGAUUGUUAUGGAACUUUGGUGCUUUAUGCUUCGACAUUCUGAAGCAGAAUUAGGAAAUGAGAUUAUUGAUAAACUCUGCAUUUUAUUGAAGACUACAGCUUCUUGGGAAUCAGUUUUAAAUCAUGAUAGUGUUCUUCGUAAACUUUCAAAAUCAAUUUGCAGGAUUGUUAAACAUGGUUCAGAAUCCAUGGCUGAUAGAGUUUUCAACUUCAUUGUCAAUGGUGAUGUUUCCAGAUUAUCAUCUGUUAUGUUUACAGCAUUGCUCAUGGAAGGAUUCCCGUUGAAUUUGCUUUCAAAUAAGGUCAAAAGUGUUGCUAAACAAAGAAUAGUGAUGGAAUAUUUUCAGUUUUUGGAUGGAUUUGAAGAUGAAUCGAGGAAAUGUGGAGUUGGAAUUUUUGGUGCACCGGUUUUUGCCAUGUCUGCUGCUGUGCAAUCUCUGCAAGUGAGCAUAUCAGACACAGAAAUGAAAACAAUAAACUUAUUAAUUUCCAUCAUUCAAAAAUACAAAAACAACACUCACAACUCCAAAUACCAAAACCUUCUGAAUGAAACUUUAGCCAUAAUCUCUACCAUGAAGCAUCUUUACACAUCCGAAGAAAUGGGAACACUUAUUGUAAACCUUCAGACUCUCUUCACUUCAGAUUCUGAUUCAUCUGACAAGUUGUCAAAAUGCAAAGCAAAUUUAGCUGCUUUUAUCUCCGGAUUUGGUCACAUAGAAUAUGAAGUAAACGACACCAACCCAAAGUUUUCAUCUUCAUGGAAGUUAUUUCACAUGCUUUUAAAAGAACGACAUUGGGCUUUAUCCCAUUUAGCAAUUACAGCUUUUGGGUAUUUUUCUGCACGUACUAAUUGUGAUGAGUUAUGGAGAUUUGUGCCACAAGAUGCUGCACUUUCGUUUGAUUUGGAGUCGGGAGUUGAGGCAAAUGGGGAAAGGUUUAUGUCUGAGUUUACAGUUUCAUAUGAAAAGGAAACCGGAGUUUAUGUUAAACCUAACCAUGGUAAAAACGAACUGGUUAAAGAAGGUUUAAUGCUAAGAAAAAUGGUGGAGAAAAAGAUGGUGAUUGUUGAUAAAAUGGAGAUAGAUAAUGAUGAAAUGUUUAAGAGAAGAAAGAUUCAUGAUGGAGUUGCAAAAUUGAAAGAUGGGUUGAGGGUUUUUGCGAAUGGGAUUAUGUUAUUGCAAGAAAAUCGGUUUGAUUUUUCGGAUGUUGAUGGUGAGUUUUUGACUCACUUUUCUCAUAUUCAAGAUACUGUUGGAAGAAUGGCUGAAAGCGUCUCUAAAACCAAGUAGUUUUUUAAUGUGUUGCAUCUUAUCAAUGAUGAUUUGCAUAGUUUGAAAGAUUUGUAUAGUUUUUUAAUGGGGUAAAUGUAAGGUACUUUCUGUUUGUACUUUUAUUUUUUGUUAUUAUAGCAUGG